CCUUUCACUGCCCAGGACGAAGGCAGCCCGAGGAAGACAGAAAUUAAAAAUCCCCCGAGCAGAACUGAGAGCUGCCUGCCGCCUCGGCGCUCUCGCUCCGGGUGUUGAGGUGAGGUCGUCGGCACGGCGGUGACACUCGAGGGGUCAGGCUGCGGACACACGGCCGCACUGAAACGUUCCUGCGGAGUCACCUUGCUGCCGUGCCUGCGAUCGACUGGCCGUCGAGCCGCCGUCGUGUCCGGAUCCCCCCCCGCCCGUGCGUUUCCGCCACAAACCUGCUCUCGGUGCGUCCGUGCGCGAGAUGAUGUCACGUCCCUGAUUUCCUGGACAGGAUCACGCUGCCCGCUCUCCUCAUCUCUCCCGAUGUGUCAUCGCCUUUUGAUCACCCUGCCAGUAAGAGAUGGUAGCCGACGGCGCGGGUCUCUGCCUGGUGUCUCUGGACGGACGCAUUUAAUCUCUGCUUUACGCUUCGUACCUUUUGUGUGAUGACGUCUGGGCCACCUGAGACUGUCGUCCCACCCACCCUGAUGUGGAGGGCUGUGGUGACCAAUCCCCCGUCGUGGUUGCAGUGACGGGCGGCGGCAGAGUGCGCUGUCCUGGUUCCACCCCACCCGAACCCCCCAGUGCGAGCCAUGGACCCCCGGGAGAAGGAGGCGGACCGGGUGGAGCGAGCCGGCCGCAGCAAGGGGGCGCCUACUCGCAGUGGUCACACCCGGCCCUCGGGCUCCUCUGGCUCAUCUGGUGUCCUCAUGGUGGGACCCAACUUCCGCGUGGGGAAGAAGAUUGGCUGUGGCAACUUUGGGGAGCUGAAGCUGGGUAAAAACCUCUACACCAAUGAGUAUGUUGCUAUCAAACUGGAGCCAAUAAAAUCAAGAGCACCGCAGUUGCAUUUGGAGUACCGCUUCUACAAAACACUGGGCAGCACAGCGGAAGGACUACCCCAGGUGUACUACUUCGGCCCAUGCGGCAAGUACAAUGCCAUGGUUAUGGAGCUCCUGGGGCCCAGUUUGGAGGACCUCUUUGACCUCUGCGACCGUACGUUCUCCCUCAAGACUGUCCUCAUGAUCGCCAUCCAGCUGAUCUCACGGAUGGAGUACGUUCACUCCAAAAACCUCAUCUACCGCGACGUGAAGCCGGAGAACUUUCUCAUCGGGCGGCAGGGCAGCAAAAAGGAGCACAUCAUCCACAUCAUCGACUUUGGCCUGGCCAAGGAGUACAUUGACCCCGAGACCAAAAAACACAUCCCCUACAGGGAGCACAAGAGCCUGACGGGCACGGCACGCUACAUGUCCAUUAACACACACCUUGGCAAAGAGCAAAGUCGGCGGGACGACCUGGAAGCGCUGGGUCACAUGUUCAUGUACUUCCUGCGUGGGAGUCUUCCUUGGCAGGGGCUCAAGGCGGACACCCUGAAGGAGCGAUAUCAGAAGAUCGGAGACACCAAACGCAACACUCCCAUUGAGGUCCUCUGCGAGAGCUUCCCAGAGGAGAUGGCCACCUAUCUGCGCUACGUGAGGCGACUGGAUUUCUUCGAGAAGCCCGACUAUGAAUACCUGAGGACCUUGUUCAUGGAGCUUUUUGAGCGGAAGGGAUACACGUUCGACUACACCUACGACUGGGUCGGCCGACAGAUUCCCACACCGGUGGGCUCCGCCCACGUGGACUCAGGAGCAUCGGCCAUCACGAGAGAGAGUCAUGCCCAUAGAGACCGGCCAUCUCAGCACCAGCCUCAACGACAUCAGCAGACGACCGCCUCCGAACGCAGAGGAGCAUGGGAAGCGCAGCCUCCUCGGCAGACAAACUCAUCCUACCUGAGCUCCCAUCUGGCGGCGGACAGGCACGGGGGAUCAGUGCAGGUUGUCAGCUCGACCAACGGGGAGCUCAAUGCAGACGACCCGCUCGCCGCCCACUCAAACGCACCAAUCACAGCACAGGCUGAGGUGGAAGUGGUGGAUGAAGCUAACUGCGUGAAAAUGCUCAACCUGUGGUGUUGCUGCUUCUUCAAGCGAAAGCGAAAGAAGAACGCUCCGCGCCAUAAAUGACCUCCACGUCUCACCCGGCUUUUUUCCCCCACCUGCUUCCGCUUGAUUGUUUGGUUUCCAAGGAGCUCCAAUAAUGCAGCAGAGUGACAGAGAGCAGAACAAUCCUUAGCAUGUCACCGAGAAGGUGGCCCCUGUCAGCGAGGAGAGUGGUACGCACCUCCGGCCUUCAUGCAGAUCUUCAGAUGGUGAUCCUCUACGUUCUGCAACCAAACAAAUCAAAUCUUCCAAAUGGGGUACAAAGGAGUCGAGUCAUUUUGAUAUCAAGUGUCUCAGCAAGGGGUCCUGACCCCGACCACCAUCCCUGGUGGAAACAUUCUCAAUCCACUCCUACACCUCAGAAGAACCCUUUCUCCACCACUCUGUUGGGCUAGACCUCCAGAACAAGUCCUCCAAUAGGCCACACAGUGCGCCUACGUACAUAAAGUCAGACCUGACCAGUGUUGGACCUGCAGACACCUAGAGGUCACAGGCGCUUGACCACCCUCCAUCCAAUCUCCUCCAGCGGUUCCGUUCCAGCCCGUCUGCUGUUACCCAAAAUGCCUUGCUCCUCCAUCCUCAGAAGAUCCUCCUUUUGAUUUGGACGCUGCUGCUCCCUCUUGUGUCACUACUUGUUUCGUGAGGUGCCUGAUCUCGAGAGCUAAUUGCCUGGAGUCUUCUUUCCCGGGAACCGUAUGCCGCCCGUGCAGAGCUUCACUCCGGUUCCUUGCAUCGUCCUCAUCUGAGAAGAGCGGAACAACGUGCCUCACCACUGCAUUGGGGUUAAUUUGUGUGUCCUUUGUCCAUGUUGACUGCCAGACUGCUGCACACUCCUUGUUCCAGCAGGAUGCAGUCACGGUGCCAAGACCAACCGUGGCAGACAGCGAGCACCUUUUCCUCUGCAGGUAUUCCUCUCGUCUGGUCACAUACUUCUUUCACCUGACCUCAGUUCCCAAAAGUUACUCCACUGCUUUUCUGAGAAGCUGCCAGGUCUUGGAACGGUCCUCUUUUUCCUGAUGCGGUGCUCAGUCAUCUCCCGUGGUCCGAAGGGCCGUGUUUCCCCACGGACGCAAGCAUCACACCUGACGAGACUUUCCUUCUACCAGGGUCAGGGCCAACGGUUCAGCAUAGACUGUCGAAAUGCGAUCUUCGAUGGAGUGUCGAACAUUGAUUAGACUGUAGAGUCAGAAGACCAGAGCAUCUGUUUGGUGUGAUGUGCCUCAGUGCUUCACGGGUAAUUUAGACCUUUGGCUCCUUAGGAAUGAGGGAAAAGACAUUUUGACCUUGUGCCCUCGGCUUUCGCAUGGCUUUUAUACCAGUCCCUUUGAACAAAUGCCACAGCUUCAACACUGGUCACGGGGUGAAUGCCUGGAAGUACCCACAGGCAUGGGGCAGUUGCCCCGAGUUGCACGGUCCACGUUGGACAUGGGGUCCGUGCUCGGACAAGUACCCGCAGGGGUUGCAGUCGCCAGGCAGAGAGCUCUCUCAAAAACACAGGCCAAGCCCUGCAAACUCUGCUGUCUAAUGCCUUAACCACAUCCAGUCCUCUACAGUGCCCAGCAGGUGGUGUUGCGGGGCCUCCUGACCCACUGUCCACCUCUUCCCUCCCCCCCUCCCUCCCUGUCUGGCUUCUUCUCUUAUCAGCCCAUGUUGGACAAAGCCCAACACCACUGACUCCAGUCUCCUGCCAACAUUCAAGGCACCCUGUGGUUGAACAGUAAACUCCUGUUUUUUUUGUCUCCAUUUGUUGUUUCUUUUCGUUCUGUCUUUUUUCCCCUCCUUCUUUAUAAAGUUUCCUGUGAUAAUUGAAGUUUUCUCGUGAUGAGCAGUCGGGCACCAGGAGGUUUUGUUGCCAAUCUGUACCUCGCUUCAUUCUGAGUGAGACUAGGGACUGACACAAAUACUGUGUACAUUAUUUUUUUAUUUUAUUAAAAAAAAAGAUCUUUUUGUUCUUUUUUUUUUUCCCUGUUUUUCACUGACCAAGGACUUGUUCAUAAUGAAAGCAGCAGUUGCGUAAAGUGACAGCGUUGCCUUGGUUUUCCCAGCAAUGCCUGUGUACGGCAUUAAUUCUAUGGUUUUAUCACGUGGUUUAAUUUCAUUUAUUAGAUAUACUAAAUGUGAAUUGAAAAUGUAUAUACUGUUUUUAUUUUUAUUAUUAUUAACGCUGUGCUUUUUUUGGGAUGAGUAAAAUGAGCUGGUGGCUUUAACUGCACUACGUUGUCCCAGCCCUGACGUGAGGUCGCCGGUGUCGUACUGCACUGUACCUGUACUCGUGAAAACGUGCCGUGGUUCCAUCUGUGUGUUGCUCACGGUAACAAACGAUGUAAACAAAAGCCUACUGGACGUUUCUUUGGUAACUUAUAACAAUUUCAAUUUACCAAAAUUCUUUAUUUUGCAUUCCUUUGUAAUUCUGAAAGGAAUGUGUGUUCAAAUAUGUGUAAUUAUUUUGUAUUGUGUAUGUCAGCCGAGUCGGCAAAGUAAACACUAGUGUGUGAAUUCACCUGCUGGCGGGGUACGGGAAUCUGUGUCCUGUUGACUUUGUCCUCCUAGAGCCACUGGACCUGGGCGGCCACCAGCGACUUGGAGAGGGGGAACCCUUGUUUCUCCCACGUUCUUGCGUAGAUGAGUCGUGUUUCUCUGUACUGUUUUGCCUGUCUGUUUAGGUUUCUCUUCCGCGCAUAUUUUUUGUUUUUAUUUUCAUUUCUGUCCGAUGCUCUGUGCUGCAGUCUAAAUUAUUACGUGAAGUGUACUUGAAUCCUGAAGCAAGCCAGGGGAUUUGGUUUCCCUCAGGUACCCCACCGUGAUGUACUGAGACAACGGGGGUAGCCAUUGUGAUUUCCUGUGUAAAUAAGACACUCGUUGGGCCACCUUUGUGUAAAGGGUUGAGCUGUGACUGGACCAGGGCGGCGCUCGUUUGAAUGCCUGUUUGAUGGUUCAGCAUCCCAGGGGUCAGCUCGUUCUGCUGCUUACCUUCAACUAGGGCGUACUGUAGUGCAGCUGUGCUAGAGGACCAUACUGGAAGUGUUGCUCACCCCUCUACAGGGUAGUCGGAGAAGAAAACCCGACAUUUUCCAUCUUUGUGUCCUUAUGUGGCCCUGUUGACCGCUACACAAACUCUGGUUGGAGUGCCAUGAGCUCUGCUCUCCAUGUAAAAAUGCCAUGUUGUAAAGUCAAACUUCUUAUGUUCCCAAGAUGAGCAGAAUGGUUUAAAAAGUGUUUUACCACGAAGGUGUUUUGACAUAAUUUGUUGACCCUAAAUCUUCUGUUUGGGUGAAAACAUUGUCAUAGCUUGAACAAAGCACUUGGGAUUUUUUGGGCAUCAGGUAGUGUUAUAUUUCCUGAGUUCUACAUCCGACUGUCAUUUUAUAUGAGUCUGAGGUCCCUUGUGAAUAUCACCUCUUAGGAAUCUUUUUGGCUCUCUUUCCUGCAUAUCCACUGACUUUUUGUCAUUGCUCGUUUCAUAUUUUAGCACCCAUUUCAAAUACACCGAAUAUGUCAAACAUUGUACCGGUUUCCAUUAAAGUGGAGAGAUGGGCUGUUUUCCUCAAUCCGCUGAUCAGACACUACGGAAUGAUCGAGUCUCGAAUUGUUCUGUUUGGCCUUUACAGUGCUCCCAUGGUGAUCGGUUGUGUGUUUGUUUGAGUGUUAGAGUGGUGGUUAUUUUUCUUUUACCCCCACGCAGGCAGUCGAUGUCGCUGUCCUCAGAUUUAAGUUUUAACUAUUCGUCUUUCCUUCUAUCCAUGAGACUCAACAUACAUACACCGUUGAAUCUGCAAAAAUUACUGGACUGCCUCUUUGGGUUUCUUUAGUGUUAUUCCCCAACACAGUGCUUCUUAAGCAGCUCUCCAGAAAUUGACUGCUGUUUCGUUUUGUUUUCUUUUUUCCUGCCUGUGAUAAAUUAGCGAAAACCUCAGCGAUAAAGCCAAACACCUUGGUUCCUUCUGCACUGUUUAAGUUGUUAUACUGUACAGUUAGCGGGUAGGAAAUAUGACUGCAAUAUGAAAAUAAUUAUUUUUAACUAAAUUGUACAAAGUUCAUGUUUUUGUUUUAUGGUGGACACAACGGAUGAUUAACCUGUUGAUUCACUUGUUUCUUUGUGGAAGCUAUGGAACGCAGACUUGUACAGUGCUGAAAGACUUCUUCUGGCUAUGGUUCAAAGUCAUAAAACUGUAAUAUGAAUAUUAUUGUGUUGAAAUAUGAAUGUUACUUCAAAAUGUAAUUGAAUGGUUUAACUUGGUUAAGGGCUUCAAUUGUGAAGGACUCUUGGGUUUUUUUUUUUUUUUUGUUUUAUUUUUAUUGCUGUUUUUAAGUUCCAGAAAGAUUACGAUCCUGAUACUUUGUCUAUUUUCCAAAGGCUUCGUGUGAAACUUGUCACAUGUGACCUUUCAGAAUUUCACUUUUUAUUCCCUCAUCACGUAAAGGGAAACUCAAGUUU